UGCUUAACCUCAAAUAUCGCAUCUGUCAACCGCGUUCUUGCCCGGCGUGUUUAAUAAUACAAACCGCGUGUUCGGGACGGAUCGAUUCCGAAUCUGGACCAAGUUGCGCUUACUGUAGGAAUUGUAAAUCUUGCUUAAAGUGAAAAUGGAAGUUGAUAUUCCAUCGUCGCCUAUCAAAAAAGAAAAGAAGAAAAAGAAAAUCAAGCAGGAACCGGACGCGGAGAUUGAAAAUUUGGGUGAGCUUCAGAAAUCUGGCGAUUUUCAGCUGAAACCGUCCUCCACCAUCGCUGCACUGGACACGUCCAAAUGGCCGCUGCUGUUGAAAAACUUCGACCGGCUGAACGUGCGCACCAACCAUUACACGCCACUGCCGUUCGGAUCGUCCCCGCUGAACCGCAAGAUAAAUGAUUAUGUGGCGGGUGGGUUCAUUAACCUGGACAAACCUUCCAAUCCGAGCUCGCACGAAGUGGUGGCCUGGAUCAAGCGGAUACUGAAGGUAAACAAAACCGGGCACUCGGGCACGCUGGAUCCGAAGGUCACGGGUUGCCUGAUCGUGUGCAUCAACCGUGCCACGCGCUUGGUAAAGAGCCAGCAGAGCGCCGGCAAGGAGUAUGUGGCCGUUUUUAAGCUGCACUCCGCGGUGGAGAAGAUUGCCAAAGUUACGCAGGGAUUGGAGAAGCUGCGCGGUGCCCUGUUCCAGCGACCUCCGCUCAUCUCCGCCGUCAAGCGACAGUUGCGCGUGCGAACCGUGUACGAUUCGAAACUGCUGGAUUACAACGACCAGCGCAACAUCGGCGUGUUUUGGGUAAGUUGUGAGGCCGGUUCCUACAUUCGUACGAUGUGCGUCCACCUGGGGCUCGUGCUCGGAGUCGGCGGACAGAUGCUGGAGCUUCGCCGAGUUCGAUCCGGCAUUCAGUCGGAAAAGGACGGUAUGGUGACGAUGCACGAUGUGCUGGACGCACAGUACCUGUACGAAAAUCACAAGGACGAGUCCAUGUUGCGCCGGGUGAUUAAGCCACUGGAGGGUUUGCUCGUGGGCCACAAGCGCAUCAUCAUGAAAGAUAGCUCGGUGAAUGCGGUGUGCUACGGGGCGAAGAUUCUGCUGCCCGGCGUGCUCCGGUACGAGGAUGGCAUCGAGAUCGAUCAAGAGAUCGUGAUCAUGACUACCAAGGGUGAGGCAAUCGCACUGGGAAUCGCUCUCAUGACGACGGCCACCAUGGCUGGAUGCGAUCAUGGAGUCGUUGCGAAAAUUAAACGCGUCAUCAUGGAGCGCGACACAUACCCACGCAAAUGGGGCCUCGGUCCGAAGGCUUCGAUGAAAAAGCAGUUGAUAGCCUCGGGCAAGCUGGACAAGUACGGCAAGCCCAACGAAAAUACACCGAAAGAUUGGCUCAACAGCUACACCGACUUCAACCGGGCUGCGCCACAAUCGAAUGGCAAUGGAGCAGCAGUGGAGGCCAGUGGCGAUGAUUUUGCUGGUGGCAAGCGUAAGCUGAGCAUUGGCGAUACCACCACCGCCGACGAUUCGAUGGCAACGGCGGGCGAAGGAGAAAAGAAGAAGAAAAAGAAAAAGCAAAAGAAGGACGCUGAAGAAGCGCCGGAAGGAGGGGACGAAGGAGAGGAACAGCCAAUGGACCAAACGGUAGAUGGAGACGAAGAGCCGAAGAAGGAUAAAAAGAAGAAGAAAAAGAAGGACAAAAAUGACUCUGUCCUAGAAGCGGCCGCCGAAUAGAGGAGGUCGUCGAAGAAGGGCAGGCAUAAAUCGUUUUGAUACGGCCUUUUUUUUUCUAUUGGAAUUGAUUGAUGAUUGUUUUUAUGCAAAAGCAACGAUUUGUUGUGUGACUUUGAACUUUGAAACAUUUGGUUCAAUUUCCUAUCAUUUACGAAAUGAGCGAAGACUUUGGUUGAGAUAAUCAUCCAAAAGGGCUAUCGUUCUGGAGCUCCAUGAUGGACCGGGUUUGUUUAUGGACUUUCUCAGCAGUAAGUACCAUUUCUGGUAUUAAUCUGGAAGCAGGAAGCAGGGCAAUUAUGCGCGAAGAGCAUAAUCGAGCUUUAUUCCCAAUAUGCAGAUAGAAGACGGGAAGGAGAAGGCGCAUAUAUUCCUCCUAGCAGCAGAAUAUGUGUACAUUUGUUUAUAGAAUUCUUUCAUAUAGAUGCAACAGCAUGUGAAACAAGAAUUAGAACUUUAAACUUAAGGAAUAAAAAGAUGAAAUUAAGUAA